AUGUCGGCGUCAGCGAGUGGAGGCUUCAAAGCCUAUGAAUAUGACCCUUCCAUGGCAGCAGCUGUUAUCUUCAUCAUCCUCUACAUCGUCGUCACUUUCCUCCAUACCUACAACCUCUUCCAAACCCGAACAUGGUUCUUUAUCCCCCUCGUUCUCGGAGGAUACUUCGAACUCGUCGGUUACAUAGGACGAGCAAUGUCCGCACACGAAACCCCGAACUGGACCCUCGGUCCGUACGUGAUGCAAAGCACGCUGCUGCUUGUUGCACCCGCGCUUUUCGCUGCUAGUAUAUAUAUGGAGCUAGGGAGGAUCAUCCACUUGGUCAAGGGGCAGAAGUUUGCUUUGAUUCGGGUGAAUUGGAUGACCAAGAUUUUUGUGGCGGGUGACGUGCUUAGUUUCCUGAUGCAGGCAUCUGGACUAGGCGCUGGAAUCAUGGUAAAAGGCUCCCAGAGUACCGGAAAUAACAUUAUCAUCGGCGGUCUCAUCGUCCAAAUCAUCUUUUUCGGGUUUUUCGUGAUCUGCUCUAUCGUCUUUCAAGUCCGGAUUAUCUCUCAUCCAACCACUGAGUCCGUGGCCGAUUGUGUUCCCUGGAAGAAGCACCUGUACGCCCUGUAUGCGACGAGUAUCUUGAUUCUUAUCCGGUCGAUUUUCCGUGUUGCCGAGUAUGUCCAGGGGAGUGACGGCUAUCUUCUUUCGACGGAGGUGUUUAUUUACAUUUUUGAUGCCACGCUGAUGUUCCUUGUGAUGGUGGUGUUUAUCAUUAUUCACCCGAGUGAGAUUAACUGUCUCCUGGGACGGGGGCGGAAGAUGACGACGAAGGGUGGAUUGAAACUCAACGAGGUUUCCUCGUUGCCCCUUUAG